AAGAUGGUCAUCUGAAAACUCUUAGCCUUUUUUACGGAUUGUCCCGUCGGCGAUUUUUGGGAAUGCGACUUCGAAAUGGGAAACCUUUUUGGCAAAAAGAAAAGCGCUACUCGUGUCACGGAACAGGACAAAGCAGUUUUGCAACUGAAGCAGCAGAGAGAUAAACUGAGGCAGUACCAGAAACGGAUCUCGCAGCAGCUGGAGAAGGAAAGGCUUCUAGCCAAACAGCUGCUGAAAGAUGGGAAGAAAGAGAAAGCCUUGCUUUUGCUGAAGAAGAAACGCUACCAGGAACAGCUGCUGGACAAGACAGAGACGCAGAUAAGCAACCUGGAGCGAAUGGUUCAAGACAUCGAGUUUGCCCAGAUUGAGAUGAAAGUCCUCGAGGGGCUGAAGGUCGGCAACAGCUGCCUGAAGAAGAUGCACGAGGUGAUGUCCAUAGAGGAGGUGGAAAAGAUAAUGGACGAGACUCAAGACGCCAUCGAGUAUCAGAGGCAAAUCGACGAGAUGCUGUCAGGCUCGCUGACGCAGGAGGACGAGGACGCCGUACUGGCAGAGCUGGAGGCCAUCACACAGGAGGAUGUAACCCUUCCGGACGUCCCCGAGGAGGCCUUGCCAAAGGUGCCUGAGAAGAGAGGAGAGGGGGGACGAGCGAAGGAGCCGAAGAGAGAGGCGCUGGCAGUGUAGUUGCCCCCCUCACCACAAGGGGGCGACGUGACAUUUCCCUCUGGAGGGGAGAAUGCUAAGUCUUUCCAAUACACACACAUUUCUAUAUGAUAUAUAUAUAUAUAUAUAUAUAUACUGACUGGCCACUGCAACCCUGCAAUAGAUGGAUGUGCUGCCUGUGUGUGUGAAUAGGAAGGGAAGCCCAAGAACAGCUCCGCACCUCUGGUUUCCCCUUCAUUGACUCCAAGCCAGUGUUUUCCAACACGGCCCCCGGGGACCCUCAGACAGUUCAUGUUUUUGCUCCCCCCCAGCUCCCUGUGGAACAGUCCACAUUUUUGCUCUCCCCCAGCUCCCUGUCAAACUGUCCACAUUUUUGCUCCCUGUCAGACAGUCCACACUUUUGCCAGGAGGGAAGAACGCGGACCGCCUGAGAGGUCCCCAACAACUGGGUUGAGAAUCACUGCUCUAAGCCAUUAUUUAAAUGUGAUUUUAUGGAUCAUUCCUGUGAAGUGCCGCCCUCCCUUUCACACAUUCAACCUAUGUGUCCUGCCCGACAGACUGAUCCAGCACAGCUCUCAUAAUCCGACCCUGAAACGCAGUGCCAGUCACAUGACAGUGGUUAAUUUUCAAGGUGACUUUCAUGCUGUGUUUCCUCAGUGUUCUGUUUUUAUGUUCUUAGUCAGUGUGAAAUGCCAAAAUCGGGCGUCUGGAUAUGGCCGAAGCAAUGCUGAGACUGAUUAAUGUCAUUGUGUUUAUGGGGGAAGACCUAGAAAAUAUGAUUCCUGUUUAAUUUAAUGGGUGGCCCUUUAUCCAAAGCGGAUUAUGAUUUUUCUAAACCUAUUUGUUUCUGUUUCCGUUUAAGUUUAUUACUGCCUCAAACUAGAAAUGUUUCGGGUUUCUCAAUCUAAUCGCAGUGAAACCUCCUGGUAUGUCCUGGGAUAUUUUUCAUUGACCAUGCGCUAAACCUAUAUUGGAAAGCUUACUCACUCAGCCACAUUCAGUUACAGGAGAUAGAACAAGGUAAUGCGAAACAAUACAGACAGUGUAAAACAAUGCAUGACUUCUACUCGAUAAAGCUACACUUGAUUAAUGCGUAAGGAUUAGCUAUUAUUCAACACAUCUAUUGCUCUUCCUGGGUGCUGUCUGGUAAUGAUGUUAUAUAGCAUCACCAUGAAUCAUAUGGAAAAUAUUUGGUUUCCCUGGUAGUGAUACUUUACUUAAAAUAGUCGUCAUAGUGCAUUCAUAAAGUAAUAUAAACAUGGCUAUUGUAACCAUGUGUAUAAUGCAUUAUGAAUGUUUUAUGUGUCAGGUUUUAUUUUAGCAAUUAUGCGAAACUGUCCACGUGUGAGAUAUCCUGCCAGAUAUCGCGGUGAUCCCUGGACCGUGGUGUUUCAAAGCGACUUUACUGUAUUUCAAUGUUUAAUGACCUUUACUUACUUUAUCAGCUGAACAGAAGUCAUGUUGACAUUUAAUGACUGAUGCUGUGCAGGGAUGAGUGUGUGUGGGUGUGUGUCUCAGCAGGUACUCCUUACCUUAUGGGGACACAAUGUUCACACAAGCUGAUGAAAACCCAUUUUUUUCCCUGGUCCCCAUAAGGGAGAACUCAAUUUAAUAAAAAUCAGUGACUGCAAUGAAAAAGCUAAACAUACAAAAACUCUUGUCUUUUGCUUGGUUACUUAUGGUUAAGGUUAUGGUUAGGUCCGGGUAGGGGUUAAGGUUGUCAUCGAUAGCAUUAGCAUUUUUACCAUAAAGAUAUGUUUACCCGACGUGUGUGUGCGUGCGUGCGUGCGUGCGUGUGUGCGCCCAACUCAACCUUUUGAGGUAUAGUAUAUAACUGUAAGUGUAUUAACUGACUUCUGUCCUCUUGGCUGGUUAGUGCAAAAGGCAUUGAUCCGGCCAUUAGUUAGCCCUAGAACUGAACAUCGUCAUCACCAGGAAUAUUACUGUUCCACCUGCAAGGGCUAAUGUAUCUCUCUCACACUGAAUUGCAUUGUGUGUUAAUAAAGGGGUUUUUAACUGA